AGUGCCAGCUCUCCGUUAGUCGCGCGCCGAGCUUCGAGCGAUGCGUUCGUCUCGUGUCCCUCGCACCCCUGUGCGUAACCGCGUCCAAAUACUCUGACAGAACCCGCCGUAUUCAGUAUUCCCGUGCACAGAGGAGCGACACCAAUCUCCGUAAAACUGUACGCAUCGCGUGUGGUCGUCCCGGAAGUUUCGUGCUAGAGGAAAUCCGAGCGAUCGCGCGAAUACGGAACGGUGCGAAGUUGGCCGCCGGUGAAUCUAGCGCUACCGCGACGAACGACGCGGCAAAGCGGCGCCAAUUUACGGAGCAUUCAGUGCUGGACGCAGCGAACAAUUGCGUCGCGAUUGCAUCCCGCGGUAUCGCAUCCCGCUGAUUUUAACAACUUCGAGGCAAUGGCUAGCGCCUACGCUCCACGGACUGCGCCCCGCAAGGCGGAUCGAAGUGAGACAUUACGUCACGCGGUUUGACAAUCGAGUGGCGUCGACGGCGUCAGCGGUGGCGGCGGCGGUUUCGAGAGGGAUCAGUUUUGGAGCUCGGUAAGUCGCGCGGGUACGUAGAUCGGAUUUGCCGGAUGUGCGAGGGUAUGGCGCAUCGCGAGACGCACCGGCGCUAUCGAGCUUGAGCGAAACGGUUCGGUCGGAAUGAUCGAUUCGAGUUCGAUGACUCUGCGGCGGGUGACUCGUUGUCGUUGAAUGGCUACGGAGGUGUCUUGACCGUGGAAUCGGUGAUCGAAGUGCGAGUGCUGUGGCGUAUCAGUGUGGCAUCGGUGUAAGGCUUGACUGAUCAGUGUGACGAUGAUCUUGGUCAGUGCAGCGGUCAGGAGGCGAGUGACGAUGAUCGUGCUGGCGGUAUCGCUGCUGCUUCUUCGGCCUCAUCGGGCAGCGGCCUCCGACAAUUUGGCCCUGUUGUCAGGCACUCUGAAGACCUUUCAGCGUGCGGCGUGCGACGAGGAAACGAUGACGUUGAAAUGCCCACCCGGCACAACCAUCUCCGUCGAACACGCUCAAUAUGGAAGAACGGGGAAGUAUGGCAUCAGCAAAUGCAACUCGUCUGUUUCUCCAAUGAUCGCGGAGGACAGAUCGAUAAAUCACACGUGCACUUGGCCGCAAUCACUGCAGCACUCACUGUUGCAGACGGUGGUCGAGGUCUGUCAGAAAAAGCGGCAGUGCAAGUUCAACACCAGCCCGGAAACCUUCCAGGGUGAUCCCUGCCCCGGACUGCGGAAGUACAUCGAGGUUGCCUACAAAUGCCGUCCCUAUGAGUUCAGGAGUAAGGUGGCCUGCGAGAACGAUGUCAUCAAUCUCGUUUGUUACCCCGGUCAGAGGGUGGCGAUUUUCAGCGCGUACUUCGGUAGAACGGAAUACGAGUCCAUACAAUGUCCGCAGCCACGAGGCGUGCAAGAAGAAAGUUGUAUGAUGAACUUUGCAACAGAAACCAUAAUGUACCUAUGCCACGGAAAACGGCGAUGCUCGGUGAUUGCUAACAGCACAACGUUUGACAAACCGGAUCCUUGCAAACCUGACAGUAAGACCUACCUUAAAGUCGUCUACACUUGUGUUCCGAGAUCUGUGUUACAAGAACAGUACGAGGGUAAGAUCGAGGCGGACGAGUUGGAGCUGAUGCAUGAGUUCGAGGAAGGCUUCGACAGAGCGGACUUCAGGUCCGAAUUCAGCCCAAGUCCAAACCUCGAGGGACCGCAGCCACAACCCCGGGACAAUGUUUCCAGAAAUUUUCCGACAGUUAGUUCGUCUCCGCCUCGCGCGCGGACCAACAACGACGUGGACGCGCGGUUGAACAUGUUAAAGUCGCUCGGUAUCGGAGCGAAAGAUUUACCCUUACCACCUUUACCGCCCACGGUUAUCCAGGGGAGAGCAAUGGCGAGCAACGACGAGAUUGUUGGUGGUAAUGUCGCAUCUACGAGCCCCGCCGCAACGGGAAAUUGCACAACCGUGGUCUACGCGUUUCCGGAGGAGGAUCGCUUAGUGGUGGGAUACCUCAACGAGUGGAUCAAUGCCUAUUCCUUCAUAACGAACAACCAAGAAAAAUUCUACCUCUACAUUAUUGUAUCGGUCAGCAUCGGUAUGCUGCUCUUUCUCGGGCUAGUUAUUGGCCGUCUGUUAAUCAGUCGACGUCGUGCCAAGAGGGAUGCGAAAUUUCACGGGAAUAACGAGACUCUCCCCAAUGGAUUCACCGACGAUAUUUCCGAGAUCGAUGCUGAUAUCGAUCUUACCACGACAGUUCCGGUACCAAUGCAGGACGUAAGAGUGCCCGAAACCCAAUUGGCCGAGAGGCUUCACGGCGAACGUUACUACGCUGACACGAGGAUACCCUUGUCGCCGACCACCAUCCACGCCACGUCAGUGCAUCAUCCGACCAAUACGGGGGUGCGCGUCGAUCUUGGGAACCACAUGGUUGGCACGGAUAAUCUUCACACAAUCCUGCGCACGGAAGAUCCUCGGAGCCUGAACAGCAAAAACUAUUACUAUGGCUGACAAGAGGAAGGGGUUGUCCCGCGCGAGGGACGACCCCCGUCGUUGAGUCCGGUACCGGAAGUGAGCACGCGGAAAUAUUGCUUUUAAUCGAUUAGAAAAUGUGGACGCAUGUACGGCGAAGGCGUAUUGAGCCACACCAAGCCGCUGUAAAUUACGUUGAACUAGUUAUCAUCCGUCACUUUGAAUCGUGAUGCACACAGUGACACAAUCUCAGAUCUUUCCCUGAGCUAACAUGCCAAAUGGGAAACAUCCAUGGAUACUUGUUAAGACGAACUGCAUUGCGAACUUAUAUACUUGUAUGAUUAUUGCCUCGCUGUAAUAUCGCAACGAGAUCGUAGUAAAAUGUGUUGAAAGAGUCGAUACGUAUGCGUAUGAGAAAGUCAAGUGGGGCUCAAGUGAUCUCCUCGAACGGGACUGCAAUAGCUUUAAGAAACGUCGCGAGCAUUUAUGUUGAUCUAUACAUUGCAUGUAGGAAGCACAUCUGUUGCAGAAGAAACCGUGUUAUGCAAUCAGGCGUGCGAUCACAAUUCAUUGAACAUCGUCGCUCUUCCAUGCAUAGACUAACGAGAGAAGUAUUACAAAAGUGGACGAGCACAUUGCGAGUAAUAUUUAUUUUUUUUUCUAAUAACCGGAUAAAAAAUCGGAUUUCGUUGUUUAAUAGACAUAUCUUGCGCACCUGUGUUACUGACAGUGAUACCUGUCGACUGAGCAAUUUACUCAUUUAUUCACUCAUAUACCUCUUACGCAGAUACACACACAUUGUAUACUAGACUGUAUAUCUUCGACGGAACUACACUAGGCGAAGUGAGUUUCAUGGAGCAUAUCGAUAACUUUCCGGAAACGUUCUCGCCGACAAACUUCUGAGACAAAUUUAUUUUUUCUUUCUAGUUUCUUUCUAGCGACUUGUAUUAUCUAUCGUACUUAUUGGAAAUAAGUAAAAAAAAGAGAAAGAAGAGAGGAAUCACCAGAUCAAACAUUCAUUUCGAUUCCGAGAACGUCGACAAUUGGAAAGCAAUUUGGAAUAGUGAUCUAACGAGUACUUUUUUUAUAUAUAAUUUCAUCAAUAUCGAACAAAAUUUAAGCGAGGCGAAGCAAUUCCCUUGAAGCAUGCAACGCGAACGUAUUAAUGCAAUAUUGAUCGACGUUCUAUCAAUCGACCCGCCGUUUAUGCACUAAUUGAUAAUUUAUUAUUAACUACCACUGAAUGGAAAUUGAUCGAACGUGAUCGUGCCAUCAUUUAAAAAAAUCUCUCAACGAACUUACAGCGGUUUUGUAUACCGAAGCUACGCUGCCAUGGUCGCGAGACGAUUUUUUAUAGAAAUUGAUAUGUAUAUCACACUGUAAAUAGGAACGUGUAAUUUAAUAUAAAAUUAAGAGUAAGAGCGAGCGAGAGAGAAAGAGAAAAAGAGAGAAGAAUACGCAAAAGAAAGACUUAAAUCGAAAGACGCUUGGAGAUUGUAACUGAGAGUUAUCCUUCGUGCCAUACAAUCGAUUUUUGCAGUCGUGCAAGAAAACGUCAGCUUUUGUUGGCUCAGAAGAGCGUACUUGCUGAGCCAACAAGAACUCUUCCUUGCGGACGAUCGCAAAGAUUGGCGUUAACUCGGAUUUUCGUCAGAACUCGGACUUACCUCUCGGUCGAGCUCACGUAGUUUUGACGGAUCGAUAUGUCGAAGAUCGUUUUCGGCACGUCAACGUGGUUUAGUCCGCACUUAAUCGUUACCUCUAAGAGCUAAGCCGUCGUUUAGAUAAUACGUCAAAGUCGUCUGAAUAUCGCCAAUGCUACAAAUUGACGUGAUCUCGCGAUCACGAAGAGUGCUCACCGUUCACGCGGAUUGAUCUUUUGUGGCUGUUCACGAGACGCACCCUAUAAAUCUGAAUACACUUGCAUGUACCGACAGACAGACAAACACAUCUCGAUAUUUCGGAAAACUUAAGUUACUUCAUUCGUCUAAUUUAUCAUUGAUAGCGGAUCAGUUAACAGUUAAUUAAACGAGAUGAUGAAAGCGUUGAUUCAGACUUUGCUGGCAGUUUUGCGAAAUUUCGUUGCGCAACAAUUUCAUCGUGUUACCUCGUUUCAGCCGUCUUUCUUCGUUCGUUAUUAAUUAGUGUAUUCUCGUUCAAGCAACUUGUUCGGAGUGCCUGAUAUUAACUGACGAGAAGCGUCCGUAAGUACUGUACGUAUGCGCAACCUCGUCGUCGUGCAAAUUCGUGUAUGGAUUUUUGGAUCACGUUAUCCUGAAAAAUUAUGUGUUGGAAAACGAUGCCACGACACGGAAGAUCCAAGCAAGAUGCAAUUCGUGCUAUCAUGAAUAAGAAAAUUACGAAGCAAGAACACGACAGUCUGAAAACUCUCCAGAUCGAAACAUUUUGUAUCUUAAGCUGCUACUUAAUUUAUUGCAUUUACACAUGAGUAUUUUAUUUUAUACAGUCUUUUAUUUUACAGGCGACAAAGUGGCGCAUGUACGUACCGUAACGUUGCUUCGCGUUAAAUAAUAUAACGUUUUGUAUGUAAGGACAAUGUGGAGAGACAGUACGCGUGUCUAGAAGCGGAGAACGAGAGAGAGUGUGUCGUGUUAAGACGUUUCUAUUGUAAGUAAUGACUUGUAAGCAUAACUGUAAAUAUCGCUGUACGAUAAAUAAUCGUGUAUUCACGUCGAUUCGAUUCUUUUCCGACUGCGAAUCGCACGUUUUUACAUUAAUCGAAGAACGCGCGUCAAUCCGAACGAGCGGCGACUUAAUAGAUUGUUACUACGGAAUAGAUACGACGUAUGCACAUGUAAGUGUGAGUUGAUAUUUUUGUUAUAAAGCGCACAAGCAGGAUCCCGCUUGUGCACGAAUAAAUCAUCGUCGCGGAGGAACGCUGGGCCACGCGUCAUCUGUUAACGUUUGGAGCAACUCUUUCUUGAAUGUACAAUUAAUGUUUUCAAUUUGUGUAACUAUCUCCCUUGAAUAUGAUUUACAAUUAUAAUAAAUAACUUACGAAAAAUGCAAUCGUGUAUGUAUUCGCAAUAUAUAUAUAUA